AUUGGCCGCCAGAACUGUAGCUCAGGAAAGACACACAGGCGGCCAAUCACCGGCGAGGAGGCGGAGCUGAGCGGCCCCGCGAAAAUCGAGUGAAGGAGAUGCAGAUAAGUGUGCCGUGCUUAGGUGCUGCUGCAACCACAUAUGCUGACUGCAGCAGCACCAUACUGGAACAGGGGUCAGCAAGUGUCAGUGGGAGGAAUAGUGCCCCAUCAUUGUGUGUGUGGAGUGUGAGGAAUAGUGCCCCAUCAUUAGUGUCAGUGGGAAGAAUCGUGCUCCAUCAUUGGUGUCAGUGUGAGGAAUAGUGUCCCAUCAUUGGUAUCAGUGGAAGUAAUAGUGCCCCAUCAUUAGUGUCAGUGUGAGGAAUAGCGUCCCAUCAUUAGUGUCAGUGGAAGUAAUAGUGCCCCAUCAUUGGUGUCAGUGUGAGGAAUA